AUGGAGGCACUCGAGGAGCCAGCCCCGAAAAGACGCAAGAUUUCAACGCACCUCAGCCAGCCCUCUGUCUGCCCCGCAGCCCCGUUUUCCGAAUACAUUGUCGUCGCCCGAGCGUUCCUGGCUGUCUCAAAGUUCGAUUCGAAUCUUUUCAAUGAGUCCUCCGAUGAUGCCUCACUGGGAGUUACUGUGCUGGGAGUCGCAAAGCCAAAGAGAUUCUAUGAGCUUUGUGUCUCCGUUGGACGAAGCAGAAUCGGCAAGCACAUCUUAAUAGACAAGUUGUCACCGAGCGAUUUGCAAGUUUUGGAAGAUGCUCAAAAGUUGGAUUCGGCAGUGAAAUACAGGCAUCCUGCAGCAUUGCCCCUCGCCUGUGCGUACGCCGUGGUGCAGCGUACGGGUUCCGCAGUCGGCAUACAAGUGUGCAUUCUAUGGCAAAAUACUGCUGUCGUUCGAGACAGGGUUGAUCCACUAUUGCUUGACAUGCUGGGACGUUAUCUAUUGCCCACAGAAUCCAUCUCACCCACACUUGAAUCCUGGAACCCCCGUCAGUUCUACGACAACGUCCACGUCCCCGAGAAGUCAGACGCCAACUCUGCCGACAUUCAGAUCCCACAUCUCGAGUCGCGGUUAUACCCGUUUCAGAGGCGUGCUGUCCGAUGGCUUCUAUUAAGAGAAGGUGUUGCUGUGCAGCCUAAUGGAGAACUCGAGCAGCUUCCUGGCUCACCUGACAGCCGGCUUCCGACGGGAUUUGAGAGGCUUGAAACAAUGAGUAAUGGAACUUGCUAUGUCAAUCAUGCAUUGGGAGUUGCAACAACAAACCUCCCCGCGGUCGAAGAGCAUUUUGCAUCAGUCCAAGGUGGGAUAUUGGCAGAUGAGAUGGGCUUGGGAAAGACAUUGGAAAUUAUCGCUCUCAUCUGUCUGCACCCUAGAACAGCUUGGACAUCUACGCUCCCAGGCUUGAAACCAUCCCCUGCCACCCUGAUCAUCACACCCCCAUCAAUUCUUCAGCAAUGGAAGGACGAACUUCAAGAACAUGCUCCGACGCUGAGUGUUUUUCAUUAUCAGGGAGUCAACAGUUACAAGAAAUCUGGAGAGAAGCUCAUUGAUCAAUUGCUGAGCCAGGACGUGGUACUAACAACAUACAACGUCAUUGCAAAAGAGGUGCACUAUGUGGCCGAAAAACCUGACCGAAACCUACGCUAUAGCAGGCGUGAGGAAGUACCGCAAAGUCCAUUGACUCAAAUUGCAUGGUGGCGCGUCUGCUUAGACGAAGCGCAGAUGGUUGAAAGUGGCGUGUCUUCAGCAGCUACGGUGGCUCGCCUUAUUCCGCGAAGCAACGCUUGGGCGGUAACGGGCACUCCGUUGCGCAAAGGACAUCGAGAUUUGUUCGGCCUUUUGCUCUUCCUCCGCUAUGAGCCAUGGUGUCGGUCACCGCGCCUGUGGGACUAUCUCAUCAGCUACCAUCGCCCUUUGUUCCGAGCAAUGCUCGGGGAGAUUGCCAUGAGGCACUCGAAGGACUUCGUCCGUGAAGACCUACGACUGCCGCCGCAGAGCCGACACACCAUCACAAUCCCCUUCACGGCGAUCGAGGAACAACAUUAUUCCCAGCUUUUCCAGGAAUUUUGCGAGGACUGCGACCUCGAUCGCACAGGCGCGCCCUUGGGAGACGAAUGGGAUCCAGACUCCCCUGUGAUGGUAGAGAAAAUGCGGACUUGGCUUACUCGUCUACGGCAGACCUGCCUCCAUCCUGAAGUUGGAGGCCGGAACAGGCGUGCCUUGGGCCGAAACACAAAUGGUCCCCUUCGGACAGUCGAGCAAGUUUUGGAUGUGAUGAUCGAUCAGCACGAAAGUCAGAUUCGAACUGCACAGCGGAAUCAAUUGAUUGCCCAAAUCAGGAGAGGACAGUUGAAAGAGAAUGCAAAAGACACCGAUGAAGCCCUGCUGAUCUGGAAAGCUGUCUAUGAGGAAUCUAUUGGCAUUGUAAGCGAGUGCCGGAAACAGUAUGAAGAGGAGCGGCUGUCUUCGAAUGCCAAGAAGGAGAAAGAAGACGAUGAAGAAUCCAAUCCACGGCUGACUGCUUUGAGAGCUCGCUUGCGGUCUGCUUUGGAAGUGCAACACAUCGCCAUUUUCUUCAUGGCCAAUGCGUACUUUCAGCUCAAAUCCACCCAUCCUCCUGAAAGCGAGGAAUAUCAGCAAUUAGAGAAACAGGAGACAGCGGCAUACGAAGAAGCCAAGUCUAUCCGUGGAGAACUGCUGCGAGAGGCCACCGGCCAUGUAAACAAGAUGAUUGCUGCAGUUAGAACCAAUGUGGCAAAUGGUUUGACGCAAAUUCCCGUCAUGACGGAACCGUCAGGCUAUGGCGGCAUUGAGAGCAGGAAGAUCUUUGACAAACUCCAUUAUUAUUGCGAAGCAAUGGAGUUGCAAGCACAGCAAUUCCACGAGCUACGACAAAAGAUGGCCGACUUCUUGAGCCAAGCCCUGAUCGAUGAGGACGAAGGCGUCGAACUCCAAGGUGAUGAGUACGAGAGUUCCACCAAGCAUCAAGAUGAGAUGUACGCAUACAUGGAAGCUCUCAGGGCAUUGUUUGCGGACCGUACUGAAGCCAUAACUGGUCAAGAAAACCUGCUUAUUAAACAAGAAAUGAAGCAGUUCAUCCGGAUAGCGAAAGAAGGGGAAGGUCCUGCACCUGAGUUGAUUCUCAAAUUGCUGGCCGAGCGUGAGCAAAAGCGUGUCAAGGUCAGUGAACUGGGUUGUUUGCGCGGGAUUAUGGCCGAAAUCAGACAGAUGGUGUCUGCUGUGCAGUGGCAAGAAGGAAACAACCACACUCGUGCGACUCAGGAACUGGCGAUCCUGGAGCGUAUUCUGAAACAUGUCCAACAACUUAAUGUAGCGCAGACGAAAGCCCUCAACAGCCUCGAGCAAGAGGUGAACAAUUUCCGCGAUACAAUGAACAGUCGGCUCGAAUAUUACCGCGCGCUUCAGAAGAUCUCUGACACCGUCGCACCGUAUCAGGAAGAUAACGUGGGAAAGCCUCUCUUUGAACCAGACUAUCGAGAAUUUGAAGCCGAAGAAGCAAAACUGCAGCAGAAGAUUGCCUCUUUUUCUGCCAAACUUCGAUAUCUGAUGCAUAUGAAGACAGAGUCGAAAUCGACAGCCCCAAGAGUCUGUGUUAUUUGCACCGAUAGCUUUGUGGAUGGCGCCAUGACCAAUUGUGGCCAUCUGACGUGCAAAAGCUGUUUGAUACAAUGGGUCAGUCAGCAUCAUAAUUGUCCUGUCUGUAAAACCAGGCUCCUCCUGAACGGCUUCCACGACAUUACGUACAAACCCGCCGAGAUCGCUGUGCAAGCUGAAUCUCCGUCCAGCGCUGCCUCGUCGUCAACGUCUUUGAGUUCAGAUCACCAUCAUGACCAGUCGAUCUACUCAGAUAUCAGCACGACAAUGUUGAACCAGAUCAAGAACAUUGACAUUCGAGGUCCUAGCUUCGGCAGCAAGAUUGAUUUCCUCUGUCGCCAUCUUCUCUGGCUUCGUGAGCACGAUCCGGGCUCAAAAUCCAUUAUCUUCUCACAAUAUCGCGAAUUUAUCGACGUGCUCGCCCGAGCAUUUUCGGAAUACAAAAUCUCCUCGACCCGCAUUGACGUGAAGAACGGCACUGAGAAAUUCAAAUCUGAUCCAGCCAUUGAAUGUUUUCUGCUUCAUGCAAAGGCACAUUCCGCAGGCUUGAAUCUGGUAGUUGCAAGCCACGUCUUUCUCUGCGAACCGCUGAUCAACACGGCCAUCGAGCUGCAAGCCAUCGCACGAGUCCACAGGAUUGGACAACAUCGUUCGACGACCGUGUGGAUGUACCUCAUCGCCGACACUGUUGAGGAAUCCAUCUACGAUAUCAGUGUGACAAGGCGGCUGGCGCAUAUGAAAAGCAGCAAGGACAAUGGCAGCAACGAACAGAAAAAAGGCAAGAGCAAAACAGCCACAUCUUCGGCCUCCCAGUCGGGCAGGAGCACACCCCAUAUGAACAACACACUUCGAGAAAAUGCAAUCGACGUCGCCAAUUCUCUGGAAUUACAAGCCGCCGACCUCAGUCGCCUGCUCGCCUCGGGUAAGUCAGGUGGGGAGAUAGUUGACAAGGAAGAUCUUUGGCCAUGUUUAUUCGGCAGCCUCAGACGACAUGACGGGGCCGCACCGGACGCGCUAGCUGACAAUCAGCCUGCAAACACGGAAGUGGCGAGGUUUUUGAGGGCGGAGGCAGCGGAAAGGAGGGCUGCAACGCCAAGUUGA